AAAUAUUCUUCCUAAUUACUAACAGGGCGACAAGGUGUACAAGUCGGUGUUCAUCAUCUUCUUCCAAGGUGACCAGCUGAAGACGCGCGUCAAGAAGAUCUGCGAGGGCUUCCGCGCAACGCUCUACCCAUGCCCGGAGGCCCCGACCGAUCGGCGCGAGAUGGCCAUGGGCGUGAUGACCCGCAUCGAGGACCUGAACACCGUCCUCGGUCAAACGCAGGACCAUCGGCACCGGGUUCUGGUGGCCGCCGCCAAGAACCUAAAGAACUGGUUCGUCAAGGUGCGCAAGAUCAAGGCGAUCUACCACACGUUGAACUUGUUCAACCUGGACGUCACGCAGAAGUGUUUGAUUGCCGAGUGCUGGGUGCCGCUGUUGGAUAUCGAAACCAUUCAGAUUGCGCUCCGCCGGGGAACGGAACGGUCCGGGUCUUCCGUUCCACCGAUUUUGAAUCGGAUGGAGACUUUUGAGGAUCCUCCGACGUACAAUCGCACGAACAAGUUUACCAGCGCUUUUCAGGCGCUGAUCAACGCUUACGGCGUGGCUAGUUACCGCGAGAUGAAUCCAGCGCCGUAUACUAUCAUUACGUUCCCGUUCUUGUUCGCGGUGAUGUUCGGCGAUUUGGGACAUGGUGCCAUCAUGGCUCUGUUCGGUUUGUGGAUGGUGCUGAAGGAAAAACCGCUGGCGGCCAAGAAAACCGAUAACGAAAUCUGGAACAUCUUCUUCGGUGGACGUUACAUCAUUUUCCUGAUGGGUGUUUUCUCGAUGUACACUGGAUUUGUGUAUAAUGAUAUCUUUUCCAAGUCGUUGAAUGUGUUUGGAUCUUCGUGGAGCAUCAACUACAACACUUCGACGGUGAUGUCGAACAAGGCUUUGCAAUUGAACCCAGGCACCAAGGACUAUUCGGGAACGCCUUAUCCGAUCGGGCUGGAUCCGGUGUGGCAAGUGGCCGAGAACAAGAUCAUCUUCCUGAAUGCGUACAAAAUGAAGAUUUCCAUUAUUUUCGGUGUAAUCCACAUGUUGUUCGGAGUGUUCGUUGGGUUGUUCAACCACCGUUACUUCAAGAACAAGCUGGCCAUCUACUGUGAGUUCAUUCCGCAAGUGAUCUUCCUGGUGUUCCUGUUCUUCUAUAUGACCCUGAUGAUGUUCAUGAAGUGGACCAAGUACUCGGCCGACAGCGAGGACAUUAGAUUUUCGGCCGGAUGCGCCCCGUCCAUUCUGAUCACUUUCAUCAACAUGGUCUUGUUCAAGUCGGUCGAACAGGAAGGCGAGUGCAGUCCGUUUAUGUUCGCUGGGCAGCAGGGCCUGCAGAAGUUCCUGGUCAUUAUUGCUCUGCUUUGCGUGCCAUGGAUGUUGCUCGCCAAGCCGAUUAUGAUUAUGCGCAGUCGCAAGGAAGCAGCGCAUCAACCGAUGGUUCCGUACAGCAACGAAAAUGGCGAUGCCGAAACGGGUCUCAAUCAGCAGAACGCAACCCAGGGUGGAGCCGUUCAGCAGGGAGGUGCUGGCGGUGGAGCUGGCCAUGGACACGAUAACGAGGAAAUGUCGGAAAUUUUCAUCCACCAGGGCAUCCACACGAUUGAGUAUGUGCUCGGAUCGGUUUCGCAUACGGCUUCCUACCUGCGUCUGUGGGCUCUUUCGCUUGCCCAUGCCCAACUGGCCGAGGUGUUGUGGAACAUGGUGCUGAAGAACGGUCUCACACAGGCCGAUUGGUACGGUGGAAUCCUGCUAUGGGCCAUCUUCUCCUUCUGGGCUGUGCUCACCGUUGGCAUUCUGGUACUUAUGGAAGGUUUGUCCGCUUUCCUGCAUACCCUUCGUCUGCACUGGGUCGAGUUCCAGAGCAAGUUCUACUCUGGUUUGGGCUAUGCAUUCCAACCGUUCUCGUUCGAGGUAAUUUUGGAAACGGGCUCCAGCUCCACGGAGGAAUAAGCGCCCUCCCGUUGAUCGAAUUCUUAAACGGAAAUUACCUAAAUAAAUUGAUUAUCUAACAAAUGUUCAACUCGAAAUAUAUAAUAUAAUGGAAAGCGUUACAGUGACAUCGCCGGGUGCUUAGCAAAUCGAACAACAGCUAUUCAAAUUAUUGCACCCGUGCUGAUCUGGCGUUGGCUCCAGGGCCUAACCCUACAGAAGAUAAAGAAAAAAAGCAUGAAAUUGUUUGAAAUUGACUUAAAUAUUUAUUGUACAACCUAUAUGCAAGCAACAGUACUCUCUAUUCAAAAUUUUGAUCUAGCAAACAGUAACCAAAUAUGCAAUACAGGAUUAUAUACCUACGAAAGUGUUUAAAAGUAAAUGUUUGUCAACCAUUUAGCCAAGCCAAUAGUCGUUCGUUGUUGUACCCAUAUUGACGUUCACACAGAAUAUAAAUGUAGAUUUAGCACACUAGCAGCAGCACAAA